UGGGUGAACUAUCCCUUUAAGAACUACAAUUACCACAAGUAUGAUAGUUUAUACCCAUGAUGGAUCAGACAAGCAUUGUAGUCAUUAUGGAGCAACUUGCUCCCAACCUACUUUUUUAAAAGUUAGUUGAAAGUGUACAUUUAAAAUGUAGAAUUAAAUGUGUAAUUUUAAUCAUAAGUUGAAAAUGUCCAUGUGAUUUUCCAAAUGGCAUUCAUGGUUCAUUAAAUGUCUGCGUUGGUCUACAAACUGACGCCAUGACACUGUAAAAACAUUUUCAUGCAGUUUUAAGCGCGAUAUUUUACAAGUACGUUUGUUGAAUAUAACUAAUAAGUAAUGGAGAAAAGAUUACUCAGUGAAACAAAACAUGGCAAAUUGGCGCCAAAACAUGUUCUGUUGGGUGGCGUGGACUGAAUGAAGUGGAGUGAGUUCUGCGCGAGCCAAUCUCCACCGGGAUGGGCGGAGUCGAGAUAUCAUUCAACUUAUCCAAACGUGCACUGAGUCUGACUCGACCCUGUACAGUCAAGUGUACAUAAUGGCAGAAGCCGUUGAAGAACCCGUACUUUUCACUAAAGUAACAGUUUAUUCUCUACUCGCGUGUGUGGCCCAAUUUGCUGUCGGGUUUGCUUUCGCGCAAAAAUGGGGGAAUAAAUGUUCAGCUGUUGAUCGGUGGGUCCUCGUGUGGUUAUUUUACGACGCAAUAGUUCAUUUUACUCUGGAGGGACCCUUCGUCUACAUGUCACUUGUUGGAAAUGUAGCAACUUCUGACAAUCUGUUGGCAGAACUAUGGAAAGAAUAUGGCAAGGCAGAUGAGCGCUGGUUAUACUCAGACCCGACUAUAGUAUCUCUAGAACUUCUGACAGUGGUUUUAGAUGGUUCUUUGGCCCUGCUUCUGGUCUAUGCAAUCAUUAAAGACAAACACUACAGGCACUUUGUGCAGAUCACGCUGUGUGUGUGUGAGUUGUACGGGGGCUGGAUGACCUUCUGUCCAGAUUGGAUAAUCGGAAGCCCUAACCUGAACACCAGCAACUGGCUGUACCUGUGGGUCUACCUGGUGUUUUUCAAUGGGAUCUGGGUGCUGGUGCCUGGACUCCUCCUCUGGCAGUCAUGGAGGGAUUUAAGAAGAAUGCAUCAGUAUCCAAAGAAGAAGAACAGAUAAAAUUAGAGCAAGUGCAUGGCUAAGCACCUAUUGUAAUCUUUAAUGUUGCACCUAUUCUAUCUUUAAUGUAAUCUUCUUCCUUCUGCUCUGGAAGUCUAUGGCAGCCCAUAGACAUGAUUGUGGGAAAGUUGUGAAAUUUGGCACACAGAUAGAGGACUGUCUGAACUGUCACCAUAGCAUUUGGGAUCUCAAGACGAUUCGAUUGCACCCUAUGAUGUCAUUUUCCAUCACAAAAAAAUUUCCGUCAUUUUGAAUUUUCCGAAAAGCCUACUUUUCCAGGGGUCGGCAAGUUCGGUCCUAGAGAACCGCUGUCCUGCAGAGUUUGGCUCCAACACUAAAAAAGAAAGUAAUCCUGAAGUCAUUGAUUAUUCAGAUCAUCUUUAGACAAUGGCAACAAAAAGUUAUGUAAUUCAGGUUGAUUUGUCAAACCAUUCUUGAAUAGCGCAUGAACAAAUUCGGCGAAGUGCCCGUAGAAAUGAACAUGACUCUAGCUUAUUCUGACCAAAUUUGGGGUUAUUAUUAUAACCUUGACCUGAGGCAACCUGCACAGUUUCGGUGAAGUGCCACCUAGUAGUCAGGAGAUACGAAAUAGCUUUUUUUGGUUUUAUAACUUCUGAACAGUGUGCCCAAAAUUCACAAAAGUUCUCUUUAGAUUCGGAGCAGCGUGUCGAGUCAUAUGAUACCCAAUUUCCCAUAUCGGCCAUCUUGAAUUUUUCGUAAAAUUCUGUAUUUUACGAACGCAUUGGCAUAUCGUUACGAAACUCGGUAUGUGUCUUCGGUACCAUGCCAUACCAUACCAUUGACAGUACUCAAAAAGUUUCUGGCCAGCAGCACCUUGUGGUCAAAAGAUACAAUGAAAUUUCCAAAUAGGAUAAUAACUUUUGAAUAAGUUAGAUUAUUGGUGUGAAACUGGUCUUAAUGGAUCCCUUGGGUCAUACUGAGAACAUGGACACCAAUCUUGCCAUUGUCAGCCUUGCCUUCCUGUUAUUUGUUUUGAUUUUCUUGAAAAACUUUCUUUAAAAACGUACUUUUUCAAACUCCUAAACCAUUUGUCACAAUUGUCCGAUUUUUGUCCGAACAUUUGGCCGGUUUUCACCAAAUUCGAGUCAGAUCAUCUUCAGACUGUGAAAAAGUUAUGAAUAUCGUGUUGAAAAGACGAAACCGUUUUCUUUGGCAUGACUUGUGUUCUUAGUGUUUGGCCCUGAUAAUUGCUACAUGCUGCCAUAUUUACAGUAUUAUUGCAGUUAUGAUAAGCAUCUUAAACUCAAUAGAAUGAGAUGUAUGAACUGGGUGUGAUGCAGUUUGAGUAUUAUACACGUUUAUUGGGUACACAAAGGAACGCUCGUUAUCUUUGCAUAAUUGCAGUGGUAAAGACACAAAGGAAGCUCACACAAACUACUGACUCAUAGCAUACUUUUUGUUGUGCUAUCUGGAUUCCUGUCUAUGACAAUCUAAAACUGAAUCCCUUAUGUCGCAGUAGCUCUUUUACACCUUUCUAGGGCCAUGUUUCCCUGCUAAUCCUCCUUACCAAAUCACACUUGUUUGCUUCUCCUUAAUAUAAGGGUGAAUUAUGUUUCUUUUUACACAGAUUGUGGUAUUGAGCUGUUUUCUUGCCAAGUUAUGGCAGCAUAAUUAUUUUCCUGCUGUAUUUUGACCAUAUACAGGUCUGACCAAGAAAUAAGUUUAAGGAAUUACUUUAUCUUUGUAAUUUCAGAUACUAACUUCAUACAAUUUAGGCAUUGCAAUUUCACCACUGCUUCAUGUGUAAAUAAUAAUGCAAUUUCAUUAUUUUAUAGAUCAGUUUUAUAGAUCAUUGUUUUUUACAUCAGUUAACAUGUCUGAACAUGCCUAAGAUGUUAAUUAAUCAUUUACUAAUACAUUAAUAAAACCAAAUGUUGUACCUGUUAAUAUUUAAUUUAGUUGGCAUGAACUAGCAAUGUUUAAUUUGUAUUAUCUAGUGUAAACAAAUGAAAUACAGUGCUUAUAUGUUAGUUAAUGCAUUAAGGGUUCCCCUUUUGAGAAUGAAAUUGCAUUUAAAAAGCACCUCGUUUCUAUGAAUUGCGCUCAUUUUAUUUAUUAUUAUUAAAAAAUUAUGUACAGUAUCACAGGAUUCUCAUCAACAUUUGUGACAAUCUGCACUACAGGAGACACAUGAACAGGGCAUUAAAUUACACACACACAUAUAUAUAGACACAGUGCAGAACAUGAAGACAAGUAAAAAAAAAAACAUAAUAUUUAGAGGAUAUACAAAAACUGUGAACAAGUACAUUCAUUAAAUCAGUAAGUCAUCUUUCCUCUCCAUUCUUGGUGUGAUUUUAGUGUGAUAGUGCCAUGAUCAAACCUCUUUACUUUGCGUUCUGAGCUUC